AUGGAAGAGUUGAGGAAGAUGUUUACAAGGGUCAUUUUGACUCCUAAACCCGUUGAGGAAAUGGAUGCACAGUCUUGUAACGCAAGCCUCCAUUUAAACGUCACAAUGCCAAUGAGUCGAGCUGAAGUGUACCCCGCUGAGUUGCGUGUUUGUCGUCGCUUAUGGAAAAUAUCUCCUGAAAGCUGCUCAACAGGUAUAUAGUACAACUCAGAGAGAACGAGAUAUAAAGUUUAUCAUAUUCAAAAAAACGUAUUUCGUGGAGUCGUUUCAGAGGGAACCGAAUUCGUUAUGGUCCACGUUCGAUCACCAACUUCACAACUUUGUUACAAACGGGAUUUCAACUGAUGAACAUACGUUUCCCAAGAAAUAAGCAAGACAGAGAUGAACAAAGGUAUGACAUUUUUAUACUCAGGGAAUGCUCAUAUAACGAACUUAAGUUAUUUUAGUUAAAGAGGACAGGUAUGCUGAUUUGCGUUCAAUCGCGCACAUGGCGUGACUUGACUAAUUUCGUGUCUAUUACGGUAUUUGAAAAUCAUUCCUUCCAUGGUGAAAAAAAUUUAUAUUCAUAAAUUUAGAGAGUACUCUGCUUUUGCGAGUGGUUCCAAAAUACUGAUCAAACCAAUUCUUACAAAAUUACGUUUUCCACACAUGAAAGAGUUCAUUUAAGAAUAUCCUGUGUAAAACUUCCUUGACUCAAUAUCUUUGAAACGCCAAUCGGGGAGGAGUGGUCUAUUUUCGGCCUUGCCUAAUGUCGUGAUCCCAUUCAGGUGAAUGCGAAUUUCGUUUUUCUCGAUAGUCUGAACAUGUCUCAGGAAAAAAAAAAAACUACAAAGCAUUUCAAAUCUUACCCGAGGCUACCUGUAUGCAUAAAAUGAGAGAAUUUAGAGUAUCAGCGCUGUAGAAAUUUGUUUAUCUUCAUUUGAUUUUUGCACCGAGGUUCUCUUAACCCUUUAACUGCCAUGGGUGACCAACACAGAAUUUCUCCUUACAAUAUCAAUACAAUAUCAAGCAGACAAGUGAGGAGAAUAAAGAGAAAUAUCAACAAGGUGAUUAUUUAUUGAUCCAAUAAUAAAUUUUCUGAACUAGUAUCUAAGAAAUGGAUGGCAGAUAAUAAAGAGAAUCACUAAUGAGAUCUUGGGAGAUAAAGGGUUAACUUCAUCUGAUAAAAUCAGAUCAGAACAAAAAAUAAAAAAAAUGGAAAAAAAAGGCUCCAAUUUUCCAUUAUUCAUGACAAACUUCACUGGCUUACAUCAAUAACGCUUGUUGCAUGUUACACCUGAUUAUUUUUUUUUCCGUCAUCUUUCAUUAACCCUUUAACUUCCAAUAUCUCUUAAAUACUCCUUCUUACUGUCUUUCAUACAAUUAUAAUGAUGGCAAUUUGGAGAAUUUGGUAUCAGAUCAAUUAGUAAUCCCAUAAUUGAUAUUUUACUUUAUUCUCAUCACUUGUCUGCAUAACACUGUCUAGAAAUUGUAAGGAGAAAUUCUGUCUCAGUCACUCACAGGAAUUAAAGGGUUUUUAACAACAGUAAAAAACAGUAAAUGCAAGCUGUUUACUAACAUUUUUUCCCAUGUGUUACAAAAAAUGUCUGAAGGAUAAAAAACACAAUUAUAGUCUCCAAUUGACAUGAAAAAAUGCUUGUAUUUUUGUCUUUGAAUAUUGUGAAUUCCUUAAAGCUCACAGUUUUCCUCAAACUUCCUUCUCCUAAAACUGUUCACAAUUCAGAACAAAUACUGUCUGAUCAAAUAUCCAUGCCUAUUGAAGCCAAAAUGAAGGAUGUUGUCUGUACAUGACAUAUCAGGGUAUCUACAUUUGUUGUGUUAUGAGUAAUUGUUGUUGUAAUUAAAAGCUUCUGGAAAUCUCCAGACUUCUUGGUCAUGCUGACAUGCAUACCAUAGAACUUUCUAGAACUUUUCAUCAAGUCAUGGUUAUAAUGUAAUACUACUUAUUAAAAAAUAAAUAGUUCUUUUGUAAAGCUUCUGGAAUGUUCCAGAACACUUUGUGAAUGUAUAUAAAGACUCAAUUAUGUAAUGGUAGUUGUUGUUGUUGUUGGGAGUUACUGACUGUUUAGAAAGCUAAACUGUGAGAGAGAGCUACAGUGGAAGAUUGCUAGUUUGAAGAAAUGAUGGGGAGAAAAUUGUGAGUUCACCUCAGUGGUGAGCUAAGACAUAGACUGUGGUGGGCUUAGGUGAGUUUAUCGAGGAUAAGUACUGUGCUGCCUUUAGGAGUAGUUCCUUAUUAAGAAUACUACUCAUUGUUUAAUGAAGUAGAUAACUUUGUAGGAUUGUAGUUUUUUUCUGUCAGUUAGAUUAUACUGUAACAGUAGUCCUUCAAAAAUCAAUUACAUUGAUACAGCACAACAUUAAAGUUGUUUACUUGCCUUCCAUGGGUAGGCUGCCCACUUUUUAUGACUCCAUAGGAAAUAACAACAUUGCCAGAAGUAUCCACACUAAAACUGGUAUCUUUGCUUCCAGCAGGGAUCCCAGUGGAAGUGGCUAUUUGACAAACCUAGGUAUAUAUUGUAAGAAUAAAUACGAGUUUAAGUAUAGCUAACAAGUGCAACAUCCAAAUUAAGGCCAAGGAAUACUUCAGGAGAAAAAUCUAGGCACCUUGUUGUGCCACUAGCCACUAGUUGCAUACUGCUUCCAAGAAAAGUCGCCACUGAUAUACUGCUGUCAGUCACAAAAAUUAAAACUGGUUUGAAUUUGUCCAACAAUUGUAGCACCAGGAAAAUUUUUCAUGGAGUAUAUGCAAUGCUAGAUCAACUUGUUCAAGCACUACACAGAAUAUGCAGAUCAAGGUCUGAAACUGGGACUAGCUGAUUUUCCAUGAGUCUCCUUUGAAGCCAUUGUUUGGUCUCAUCAUGCAACCUUGUUACAUGACAAGAUAAAUAAUGGCUGCAAAGGAUAUUAGUCUCCUAUGGCACUAAAAAUUGACCUUUGGCAACCAGACUUAUAUUUGGUCUUGAGAAUGUUCUUCAUGUUAAUCAGUGCUCAAAUAUUUUAUUCUAAAGCUCUCAAACAUCAUACACAACUGAUGAUUGUUCAUGGGUGAGAAUAUGCUUUCAGCAGAAAAAAAAAAUCACAUUCAACACUCUGCCUCUUUGCAAUUUUCUGAGGCAAACAUUUUACACAUUUAACUUUCUUACCAAGCCUCUAGUCUUAUAAGCACUAUGGAAUUUACACAAAAUGAGGAUCUCCUAGUAAAGCAGGCUAACAAUAAAAAUCAUGUACAAAGGAGAUAGGUUCCAAAGAAACUAUGUUGAUGCAUCCAUGGGGACUAUUACAGGUUAAUGUGGUUUAUAAUAUUAAUUGGCACUCAGGGAGGUUCUAGAGCUGAAGUUUCAAGCUUUAGCCUUUCAUCAGAGAAAAAUUGGUUCUGAUGCAGGGCUUACGCUUGAAAUGUUAGCUUUUGAAUUUCUCUAUAGUAGCCAAUUCACCUUACAAAACUGUUCCUUGACAAAAUUUUAAUGAGUACAUUGACAAUUUCAGGGUUUUUAAUUUUAAGCAUUAUACCCAAAUUCACUCACCAUGACUUGUUCACAGCCUUGAGGAUCAACUGGGUCACUGAAUGGUGUGCAUGGAUUCCAGUCAAAAAAGCGGCCAGAGCUGCCACCUAUGUUUGUGAAGCUAUUUCAAAUUUGAACAAAAAAGGGUAAAUUCAACUGUAGCAUUCUAAGCUUAUAAUCUUGGUUAAAACGGACAAAUUAAACCAAAUACUAUAAAUUAUAUACAGAUUUCUUCCCCUAACUCCUUUAACUCCCAGGGGUGAUUAACAUGUAUCUUCUCCCUAUCAUACCCAUGCAUUAUCCAGCUGACAGGUAAUGAGAAUAUUCAAACUUAUCUGGUAGACAUUAUAAUCUUGAUCUAACACCAAAUUCUUGUAACUCAUUUACAAAGAAACUGUAGCAGCUAAAAGGGAGAAUCAUAAAUCAGAUCUAGGAGGUUAAAAGGUCAAAGGAUGUUUUAAUAUUUCCUUGUCAUCUAAACUUUUCGCCGAGAACAGAUUCUAAAAACAUAUCGAGUAACAUGUAUAGUAGGUACGUGCAUAUUCCACUUGAAGUUUCACAAAAUAAAACCAACACUAAAUGACUGUGAAUAAAUAAAAUUCAUGUAUGGGAACUACAAAUAAAGACGUGCAUAUUAAAGCGAUCUUCGCAGUAAUGAACUUGAGCAGUACUGAAAGUGAGGCCUGAAAAAAAAUUCAGGUUUGUACGGGAUUUGAACCCGUAACCACCUCUGCGAUACCGGUGCAAAGCUCCACAAACUGAGCUAACUUAAGCCAACUGUGAGCUGGUUAUUAUGUCGGUUCCAAAUAAACUCGUAAAGUGAUGAAUAACUGACUGUGAAUAAAUGAAAAUUAAUCAGUGAACUGCGGAUAAAGAUGUGAAUAUGAAAGGGUUCUUCACAGUAAUGAACACUAGGAUCAAGAGCAGUGGAGUUGUGUUCUGUCCAGCACCAGCAGUACCACUUAAGAUUUUGAAACUUAACACCGUCCUACCUCGGUUUUGAACCACCGUCCGCAUCUUUCAAACUGACUCUCGAACCAUUCUUGAACUUACAUGUACAUACAUCAACCUUCUCGCAGGACUCUUCCGAUGAAGAAAUUGCGACCCUUAGUAUGAUGAAUAGUAGUAGAAGGCCUUUACUUCCUAAUUGCGCCAUUUUGGACAUAAUAUUAUUAUGUAGAUGUCUGUUCAGAUCAUGUACAUGAUCCAGCCAAUCAGGUACUGCGAUCUAUUUUGCAACAGCGGCGUGCAGAGGUUGUUCCAAAUUUACCUUUACCGGGAGGUGGGAGGGGGAACGGGCGAGGUUCGUUAACCGGUAAAUGACCUUGCAAUUCCCUACCCAUUUCAAAAUGAAAAAAGAGAGAUUAUUUAGAGUUCUGCUUGUGAGCGUUUUUUUCUUUUGCUAGCAUUGGCGGAGCAAAUUUAAAACGGACAGUUCAAAUUAAACCACCGGUGGCUCAAGCUUGCAAAAUGAGCAAAUGUGUCUUCGUUGCGCAAUGCAUGGGCGACAUUUAGGGUCACGAUAUGCGACUAAACUGUCGCACUCUCAACCCUAGGAUUCUAUAAAGGGCAAAGCAGAUGGCCUCAAACCAAAUCAGCUCAGAAAACCCACACUAUACAAAGGAACAAUCUCCUGCGCGAGGUAAUUUUGUUUAGUUUUUUUUCAAAACUAGUUCAGAUUUUUUAGGUUGAAGGUGUAACCGUUUAUUUUUUUAAAGCUCCUUAUAUUUCGCCCAUUGCGUAACGUAAGAUUUUUAUCUUAUUUACGGAGGCUCAUUUGCGAGCUUGGGCUAUCUGUGUUAAAACUAGGAAAAAGGUGCCGUUUUUAGAUCCUUGAAGCUUCCCUUGCACAAGCACUGUAUUUCCUCGAAUAAGCACCCAUGCUAUAAUCAGCGCUAUCCCCUGAAUUAAUUAGCACCAACCCAAGGCCGUAAUGUUAAAUAAGCACCCCUCUUGAAUUAGCACCCCUCCUUCCUCGAUUUCUAAAAUAGAAGAGUUACAAGAAAAACCUUUUUCUAUUGCCAUUUUAUUCAUAACUUUUUAAAGCGUCAACUACGGCGGAAUCGUCACAGGAGAAUAGACAGCGAAUCAAGGUUGGUUCCCUUUCUUAAUCGUACAGCUGUAAUUUAAGAACCAGUUAGUAUUCGUCUCUUGGCUGGCUAUUUUGAAUACAUAUUUUUAGAAUCGUAACGUAACACUGAAUAUGUACAUGCAACUUUAUCUUAUGACAAAUAAAAAGUUAUUGUUACUUAUCAGACUUAUCUGUUAUGGCCGGGGAGGGGGCCUGGGGAGGGGAGUUGGAGGUUUUCUAGGGAUCACUUGGUUUUCAGGGGUAACAGUCGUCUCAGUCGUCUCAGUCGUCUCAAAUAGAGUUUAAAAGAAGGACUAUACAACAUUGAUUGCCAAUUACCUUGCAAUGGGGGGUUGGGGGAGCAUAAGAAUUAAUAAUAAUUCAUAGUCUUAUGGGUGGUCACGUAAACUUAAUCGUGACACAACCAAUAUCCUGUGACACCCCAGGCGACAAAUAAUUAAUGACUGCUCCAUUACACAGUUAGGUGAACCUGCUAAAAUGUUUCCUCUCAAUCAAUACUUGUGCUUAUACUCAGAAUCCACAGCCGUUCACGCUGAGGGGAUGUGCUGCUCGAUGUGCUUUCAACGAAAUAAAAGUGUGACAUUUUGUUUUAGAGUAGAAACUUGCAUGCUAUAAAUGCGUCGUCAACCCCGUUUUAUCAUGCAAUUUCCCAGGCCCCAAAGAGAGUCACAGUAUAAAAAGGAGACUUUAUAAAUAACCAACCUAUACCAAGUCUGAAUAGAUAGCUUAUAACAAACUAACUAAUUCGUAGCUCGAUAUCAUUGAAGUCGAUUUUCUUCUUAUUGACUAAUGGGGAUGUUCCAUGGCGCACUUUUGGGAUUUUGAGGGCAAGAAAAUUUUGGUAGGUAGGAAUUUAAAAAUGGUAAGAUUAAAAAGCUAAAAAAGUUGUUAUCGUAUUACCAAUCUAAGUAAUUAAGAUUAGGUCUGUAAUUGGCCACAGAGUCUACUAUACUGGGGAAGGGGUUCUGAAAGGCCAGCGGCGCAUACAAGUACUCCCUUCUAUUCUAUUGUCAUGUAGGUUGCUGUGUUUUCUUGGAAUAAACUUUAGAUACACGGGAAAUUUAGACGACUUUUUCCUGUUGAAAUUGAACAAAAUUAAAAUCUUGUCACUAAAUGUAGUUUUCACCUUUUUUGAGAUUAAAGCGGAGCGCGAGUCACUCGCUCUAACCGGCUGCGAUCUUGCCUGGUCGACGCGUGCUCUGCGCUAACCUAAUUUUCAAACGCAUAUAGCAAGAAAGAAUCAUUUAUAACCACUGCUCGACAGACUACAGUUUUUUUAACUUAUAAAUCAGACCAAAUGUUUCAUCCUAGUAAGUUCUUUUGAGAAGAAAUGACGCGUUGUUGUGACCGUGUGGGUUACUUCUCUUCCCGGCCUCAAUUUUAGCUUAGCUUGGUAACUUUUCUUUUGCACUUAAGGCACGUUUCAUUUCAUUUUAAUAUCAAAUUUGAGACGAAUCAUCUAAAAUUCAAAUUAUACUUUUGUUUCAGGUGUUAAAUUAUGAUCACUUUCCGUAACCAGGAGGUCUUAGGAUUCGAGAUGCAUUCCUAAGAGUGCUGAAAAUCACUUUGACAAUUGCAAGGACAAAAAGUUGCUUUCCUUUUUUUUUUUAAUUUUCUUUUUUCUUUUGAAGCUGGGAAGAAACAUACAAAGGGAUCUGAAAAAGCCUGUCUGUUCAUUUCCUUUGAUUGCGUUCACUCUUUGAAUUUUAAUAGACCGAAAGUAGUUUCAUUAAUUUCUUGCCAUUAUUGAGUGUAUUACCGCAUUACGUAUUUUUGAUUGCAACUGGGAGUAGAGAAUGGUAUAAAAAGUAAAUUCCCUUUGAGUUUACUCUGUUACAUAAAUCAGUCAGACAGAAAAAGAGAACAAAAAAAUUAACCCUUUACGGCAAAUUCAAAUACUUUCACUCUAGCAAUCACACUGCUUACUAGCUUAGUUUUCUAAAGAGUAAUUUUUAACCCACUCAUGUCUUCAAACAAACUAAAUAUUCAAGACUUACCCGAGAAACACAUAGUCCAGUACUUGAAAGAGGAACAUUCCGUCCUGUAAGUCCCUGAAGUGGGCUAACGUUCCGUUAUCGUUGCUCUUCAACUGAACAAAUGUCUCGUUUAUGACGAAACACAAAGCAAGGUCUUUCCUUUGACCAUAGCAACCUUCAAUGUUCUCUGCUGAAUUCUCUUUCAAGGUCAAAACGGCGCUCUUAUCCGCCGCUGUGCCCAUCAUUGUAAGAACUAAGAAAGCGAACACGGGAAGUGAAGGAAUAGAGCAAGACAACCACAUAAUGGAUAUGAAAGUCGUUCGUCGCUCAACGCAGACGUGA